AUGGCUACUAGAAGUCACUCAACCGUCAGGUGGGAGCAGAGAAAAGAUCCUCAUGGGAGAACCUACUAUGUAGACCACAACACCAGAGCUACUACCUGGGAGAGGCCACAGCCAUUACCUACAGGAUGGGAAGGUCAAGUAGACGAUCGCAGUCGGAUCUAUUAUGUUGACCACAACACCCGCACCACCACGUGGCAGCGCCCCACGAUGGAAUCUGUGCAAAACUUUGAGCAGUGGCAGAGCCAGCGCAGCCAGCUGCAGGGAGCUAUGCAUCAGUUCAACCAGAGAUACCUCUACUCUGCAUCUAUUAUGUCUGCUGAGAACGAUCCUCUUGGCCCUCUACCUCCUGCCUGGGAGAGGCGUGUGAACUCUAAUGACAGAGUUUACUUUGUGAACCACAACACCAAGACAACACAGUGGGAAGACCCAAGAACCCAAGGGCUACAGAAUGAGGAUCCUCUGCCUGAAGGUUGGGAAAUCCGGUACACAAGAGAAGGAGUUCGCUACUUUGUGGAUCAUAACACCCGGACCACCACUUUAAGUGACCCACGUACCGGGAAGUCUUCUGUCACCAAAGGUCCACAGAUUGCAUAUGAACGCAGCUUUAGGUGGAAGCUCGCUCACUUCCGCUACCUUUGCCAGUCUAAUGCCCUCCCGAGUCACGUAAAGAUCAAUGUCUCCAGACAGGCGCUGUUUGAGGACUCUUUCCAGCAGAUUAUGAAGCUGAAACCGUACGACUUGAGGAGGAGGCUGUAUGUGAUUUUCGGAGGCGAGGAGGGUCUGGACUAUGGUGGCUUAGCCCGGGAGUGGUUUUUUCUCUUGUCCCAUGAAGUGCUGAACCCCAUGUACUGUCUGUUUGAGUACGUUGGCAAGAGCAACUACUGUCUGCAGAUCAACCCGGCAUCGACCAUCAACCCAGAUCACCUCUCCUACUUCUGCUUCAUAGGCCGCUUCAUUGCAAUGGCCCUUUUCCAUGGGAAGUUCAUUGACACUGGCUUCUCUUUGCCUUUCUACAAACGAAUGUUGAACAAGAAGCUCAUCCUUAAAGACCUGGAGUCUAUUGACCCUGAGUUUUACAACUCACUCAUAUGGAUUAGGGACAACAACAUACAGGAAUGUGGGCUGGAGAUGUACUUCUCUGUGGACAUGGAGAUCUUGGGGAAGAUCUCUUCACACGACCUGAAACCUGACGGCUCUGAAGAUCUGGUCACUGAAGAAAACAAGGAGGAGUACAUCAGUCUGAUGGCAGAGUGGAGGUUUUCCCGUGGGGUCGAAGGUCAAACCAAAGCUUUCCUGGACGGCUUCAAUGAGGUGGUUCCACUUCAGUGGUUGCAGUACUUUGAUGAAAAGGAGCUGGAGGUGAUGCUGUGCGGCAUGCAGGAGGUUGACCUUCAGGACUGGCAGAGGAACACGGUUUAUCGUCACUACACCAGGAACAGCAAACAGAUCAUGUGGUUCUGGCAGCUGGUGAAGGAAGUGGACAAUGAGGUGCGGCUGCGGCUCAUGCAGUUUGUGAUGGGGACCUGUCGGCUCCCUUUGGGCGGCUUUGCUGAACUUAUGGGAAGUAACGGACCUCAGAAGUUCUGCAUUGCGAAAGUGGGGAAGGAGACAUGGCUUCCCCGUAGCCACACAUGUUUCAACCGUCUGGACUUGCCUCCCUAUAAAAGCUAUGAGCAGCUGAAGGAGAAGCUCAUCUACGCCAUCGAGGAAACUGAUGGAUUUGGCCAAGAAUAGAGAGUUAAAGCGCCU